AUGUGCACUUCUCUUAUAGAGCCAUAUGGUUGGGCCUUCUUACCAGAUUUGCUAUUGGAAGAAAUUUUCUCCCAAUUACCUAUUAAAAAUUUGGGACGCUGUUCGCAGGUAUGUUUGAAUUGGUAUCGUGUAAGCCAACAAGAUUAUGCAUGGCGACGAUUUCAAUACAAGGACAAGAUGUUUACAAGACGCAAGUAUACAUCACAUGCAGGGUGGCAGCAUAUGAUUGAUCACUGGAAAUUGAGGUUUCUAAUAAUGAAAGCGACAACAAAAUGGAAAGUAUUGGAAAUUGAACCGGUAACAAUUCUUUUUAAUUUAUACGAAUUCAUUCGGGUUUUAACCAAUUUUUCGGAAUACUACGAGAGAAACUCGUUAGCAAAACCUCUCCAAGGAAUACGAUCAUUUUCAUUCAAAUGGCAACUUCAUGUGCAUGUAAGGGGUGAAGGUCAAACUGAACGGGUGUUUGGAACAGGUGGUGAGAUGUUGAAGACUUUGUCAUUGUUAUUAUCAUAUUUGCAUGGGCUAACUAAAUUAUCACUUCACGAACUUCAAUUGGAACCAUAUGAAUGCAAUGAUUUCAUCGAUGAUAUUCUGUAUAAAUUUGAUUCACAACUCAAAUCAUUGUGCAUUAUAAAUUUAACGAAAGUACGCAGGCCAUUUCUGCAGCUUGGAUUAUUUCUAUUCUUGGAACAUUUAACUGUCUCCCCACAACAUCUUAAUGAGUCGAUAGUGACACUUCUGGCUGACUUAAGACAUCUUAAAUCACUGAUUAUUUUACAGAACGAUAAAACAUUUGGAGCGAAAGCUGUUGAUUCAAAGGCAUGGCUGUCUUUCGCAAAACGGAAUAAUCACACGAGAAUUCAUUUGAUUCAGGCAGGAAAACGGCAAAAUGCGCUGCUAAUCCAGCCUAAGGCACCCGUCUAUGCUAUCAUAUUUGAUAAAUCUACUGGACAGCUUACCAAUGAAUUGACACAGGAGAUCUGCUGCAACUAUUCUACAACCUUGCAAUUUUUUCUCCAGAAAGGCCUUGAACGUCGAUAUCGUUCUCGAGAAUUCACGAAACGAGUUGAUGUAUUCGCUGUUGAGCUUGCACAUAGAUGCUCUAAUUUAAAACUGUUAGCAAUACGAGAAAGGAUGUGUUUUGCGAGCGCAUUAUUGCUCGCCCAAAUUGCUCGAUCACAUCAGACGACGAUUUGUUUGAGGCGCAAUGCUUUGCUAAAGAGGGUAAAUUGGGCUGACGGCACAGUAAAAAGUAUUCUGGGUUCAGAGAGUAAUCAAAAAUGGAUCAAAGGUCACUGUAAAAAUUUCGAAAUACUCGAAAACACAAUUCGGAAUAUAACGGGCACUACGGCUACGAUCGUUACCGAUAACCGAUACAUGUAUAGUUUCUAA